UUUUCUAGGAGUUUAAGAUGAGAUUUCUAGUUAGAUACCUACCUAUGGACGUAAUGUAUAUACGAUACCAAAUCUCAGAUAAAAAAUAUCCGUCUAAACCUCGAAACUGACCUUAUCACGGAAUAAUAGUUUCUCCACCUAUAAUGUGAUAUCUGUAAUAGUUUCUAGAUUACAACUGCUCCACUCCGUGUAGAGGUGUAUAUGGGACCUGGCAAAUGCAUUGUGCCAAUAAGCACAUUGCUCUGAACCACUUGAAACUGUGCGGGUGGUUAAAGUUUUCGCUGGCCUAAUUUUCCGUGCCAUUCCUGAACCUCUUUGGAUAUUUGAAGCAUAAGAUAAUGAUGCGACUAUUCCUUUUCUUCAUUUUGGGCACACUGGCGGUUCAGGAAAUACGGUCAGUGCAAGAAACUUGUCACGAAAUAAUCAAAGAAUGCCAUUCUACAAAUUACAAGGAAUACGUUAAUUGCAUUAGAAGAAGGCAAAAGCGAUCGACCGAUUGCAAUAUACCUUGCGACUCGGACAAUUGUAUAAACACGUGCAACGAGUGCGACUGUAAUUCGUGCGGUUAUAGCUCCUGCCAAAAUGCCUGCGAUUCCUGCUGCAGCAGUUGUUGCAACAACUACAACGUCUGCACCAACAACCACUGCUGCCAUAAAACGUGCCAUGCCCAGUGUAGGUCGUCCAGUUGCAGAAGUUCUUGCCGAAAGACUUGUUACGACAGAAUUAAGGACUUAGAUGAAAAAACUGCUAGCAAUAUCACCAACAUCAAUUCGAACGACAAUAAGCAUAAUAUUACCACCAUUAUUCAUUUGAAUAAUGUUAUCAAUAACACUAACGUCAUCGAUAUUCCCAUUUCGCUUAAUAACACCAACCAGCAGAAUAUAACGUUAUAUGAAAGGGGACUCAAUGCCGGAUCUAAUGGGACACAAAGUUGCUGCGUGGUCAUUAGUCCUCGGCAAUGUGCGCCUCACAAUGAAUAUCCUUUCUACAAAUGUUUCCAUUACCGUUCAAAACAAUGCGGUGAGUACUGCACGGCUCCUAUAGUACAUAAGGAACAACAGCAAAUAUGCCAGACUACAUAUCCAGGAAGUGCACCUAGUUGUCGCCAGUCAGUGAUGUAUAUUCCACAACCCCAGCCUAGAUGCACCUAUCAGUCUACUUGGCCUUACGUUGCCUGCGGCAUUUCAAGAUCAGUAUCUUGUGCAGGCUGUUACAGUCACUAUGUCAACUCGAACGCUCAGAAUUACCUGAAUUGUCCAUCUGCGUGUUACGACGAUGGAUUCGGCAUCGGCCCUUAUUACAGACAAGGGCCAGUUUACAGGCAGACCUACUCACAUGCACCAUGUUUUUCGUGCUUUGGUUACGGAGGAUAUGGAGGAUAUGAAGGAUAUGGAGGGGCGUAUGGAGGUUAUCCAGUAUUUGGUGGAUACGGCGGAUACCCUGGUUAUGGUGGGGCCUACCCUCCAUUUGGCGGAUAUCCUGCUAUCGCUCUUGGUGCUGGUACUGGUUUCAAUGACCCUAAUGUAAUGACGUACGGAAGUUGGGCACCUGGGAUAGAAAAUCCUUUCCAACAGACUAACAAUAAUUCCGAUCUAGGCAUAGAUCCUCUGAUCAGUGUGGGUCCAAACUUAUCGACUAAUCCUUAUGGCGACCCUUAUAGAGUUUCAAGAGAACUAGAAAUUGAAGUAAACUACGAACCCAAAUCGGAUGCUCAGGCCGAGGUGAAAAUAAAAAAUUCGAAUAAACCUGUGGAAGAUGACUCCGAUAAAGUUGAUUUAAAAAAUACUACCCAACCUCCUUUGGAUAGCAAAUCGGCUUAAAACUAAAUAUUUAUACUUACUUUCGUCGGUAUAUUUUAAGCAUCGGGUUAUCUAAAAUUGAAACAUUUGGCAACUCCUGUUAGUUUUAGUAUCUAUACCGAAAUGUAAAUUUGUACGUUAUCAAUUUUUUUAAAUAAAAUAAUAAACAGUAUUAUAUUAUUUC